UUAAAAAAUUCAAGAAAUAAAAUAAUAAUUUAUAUGUACUAAAAAAAGAUGAUAUUGCAUUUUAAAAUAAGGCUUGUUUUCCAUCACUAAUCAGAAAGACAAUAGAUAAAAGCAAGGUUUUGCUAAUGGCGGAAGAUUAAUUUUUCUGAAUGUGCUGCAGUUCCACUUCAGGCAGCAGCAGCAGCAGCACUCUCUAAAAUUCUUCUUCUCUGAGCUUCGUUUUCCUUCGCCCUUCGCCGGCCUUCUGAUUUGCAGUUCAAGAAUCUCGUGGGUAAUUUUCCUCUUUCCUCUUUCCUCUGCCCGAAACCUGCUUCUCCUAUUCCCAGGGUGAUUUCGUUUGUCGUAGAGCUAAGUGGCAGAGAUUUGAUGGAUGAUUGGAAAAUGAAAUUUUUUAAGAAAUGAUAUAGCAAUGACUCCAUUAACCUUUUUUAAGUGGAUUUCUUAACGUUGCCCAAUGAAAGUGAUUUUUAGCGAAGAUGGAAAACCUCUAUCUUACAGCGCUAGUUUUGGCUUGCUUUCAUUACUCUGCGCUGUCUGAUUUUCAAGGUGAGGCACUCAUUGCAUUCAAGAUCGCAUUGAAUGCAACAAAUAUUCAGCUCAAAGACUGGAACCCAAAUCAUGUCAAUCCGUGCAGUAGUUGGUCCAAUAUUAUGUGUAAUGGGAACAAUGUGAUAGCUAUAACAUUGCCAACAUUGGGAUUUACUGGAACCUUGUCUCCAAGAAUUGUUGCUAUAAAAUCUCUUUCAACCCUGAACUUGCAGGGAAAUUACAUAAGUGGAGGGAUACCAGAGGAGUUUGGAAACCUGACAAAUUUGGUCACUUUGGAUCUAGGAAAUAACAGCCUAAUUGGUAAAAUACCAUCGUCCCUGGGUAAUCUUAAGAAACUACGGUUCCUAACCCUGAGUCAAAAUCAUCUAACUGGGACUAUUCCUGAGACAUUUUCAACCCUUCCUAGCUUGAUCAAUCUUUUUCUUGAUUCGAAUAAUCUCAGUGGCCAAAUUCCGGAGCAGUUAUUUCAAGUUUCAAAAUUCAACUUUUCUGGAAAUAAGUUGGAUUGUGGCAAAAAUUCACUUCAUUCCUGUGAUUCGGACGGUACAAACUCAGGUGCUUCAAAUAAGUCAAAGGUUGGCCUCAUAGCUGGACUUAUUGCUGGGCUAAUAGUUGCGAUUCUUUUGGUCGGAUUAUUAAUUUUAUUGUGCAAGCAUAGAUAUAAAGGCUACAAGGGUGAAGUCUUUGAAGAUGUUCCCGGUGAAAUUGAUCGAAGAAUUGCAUUUGGUCAGCUAAAAAGAUUUGCAUGGAGGGAACUACAGCUAGCUACAGAAAAUUUUAGUGAGGAAAAUGUUAUAGGACAAGGAGGCUUCGGAAAGGUUUACAAAGGGGUGCUUGCUGAUGGCACCAAGGUUGCAGUGAAACAGUCAACUAAUUAUGAAAGCCCUGGGGGAGAUGCUGCUUUUCUGCGUGAAAUUGAGAUGAUUAGUGUAGCUGUUCAUAGAAAUCUAUUGCGGCUGAUUGGGUUUUGUACUACUCAGACUGAACGCUUGUUGGUAUAUCCCUAUAUGCAGAACUUGAGUGUUGCCUACCGUCUUCGAGAACUUAAACCUGGGGAGCCUGUUUUAGAUUGGCCUACUCGCAAACGUGUGGCAUUGGGGACAGCUCGAGGUUUAGGAUAUCUUCACGAACAUUGCAAUCCAAAGAUUAUUCAUCGAGAUGUUAAGGCUGCUAAUGUAUUGCUUGAUGAGGAUUUUGAAGCAGUUGUUGGCGAUUUUGGCCUGGCCAAGUUGGUUGAUGUUAGGAAGACUAGCGUCACAACUCAAGUACGAGGGACGGUUGGCCACAUAGCUCCAGAAUACUUAUCCACUGGGAAAUCGUCAGAAAAAACUGAUGUUUUUGGUUAUGGCAUUAUGCUUUUAGAACUUAUUACAGGGCAACGUGCGAUCGACUUCUCACGGUUUGAAGGAGAUGAUGAUGUUUUACUACUAGACCAUGUCAAGAAAUUGGAAAGGGAGAAGCGACUCAAUAUUAUUGUGGAUGGAAACCUGACUAACUAUGAUAUUAGAGAGGUGGAGACAAUGGCCCAAGUUGCGCUACUGUGCACACAGCCAUCUUCAGACAGCCGACCAACAAUGUCACAAGUCAUUUGUAUGCUAGAAGGCGAGGGGCUCGGAGAGAGGUGGGAGGAAUGGCAGCAUUUAGAGGUGAGUCGCAGACAAGAUCAUGAGAGAAUGCAAAGAAGAUUUGAAUUAGGGGAUGAUUCCAUUUAUAGACAGGAAGCUAUCCAGUUGUCUGGUGGAAGAUGAGGUACCAAAACUUUGACUCAUCUCUUUAGCUCAGUUAUUUCUGUUAGGUCAGUUUGAUUUUGGGGGCCAUCCUUGUCCCUUCGGGGACAUCCGAUACAAUUGGAACGAUACAGAGAAGAUUAACAUACUCUGUGUCUGUCUGGAAGGAUGACUCGCACAAAUCGAUUUUGGGGGCCAUCCUUAUUCCUUAAGGCAUUUUCUUAACCAAUUAUGAAAUUCUUGCCUUCCCAUCUCCUUCUUUUGUACAUUUCAGUGGCUUUUGUUUAUAUAUAUAUAUUUUGGCUGUGCCUUUUGUAUUCUUAAUUUCCUCAAUUUAACAUGUACUGUGGCUGAAGUUUGUAAUACAACUGAGUCAAUAGAGUGAUUAUAUUCAUACUUGGCAUUACAUUUGCCACAUUAUUGUAA